AUGUGGCAGGGGAAUCACACCUCUCUGGAAGACUUCAUUCUUGAAGGGCUCUUUGAUGACUCCCUUACCCACCUUUUCCUUUUCUCCUUGACCAUGAUGGUUUUCUUCAUUGCAGUGAGUGCCAACACCCUCAUCCUUCUCCUCAUCUGUGCUGAUUCUCGGCUUCACACCCCGAUGUACUUCUUGCUUAGCCAGUUGUCCCUCAUGGAUCUGAUGCACGUCUCUGUUACCAUCCCCAAGAUGGCGACCAACUACCUAUCUGGGAAGAAGUCCAUCUCCUUUGUGAGCUGUGCGAUCCAGCACUUCCUCUAUUUGUCUGCGGGUAGUUCUGAAUGUCUUCUCCUGGCUCUCAUGUCCUAUGACCGUUAUGUUGCCAUCUGUCAUCCACUGCGUUAUACUGUCCUCAUGAACAGACAGUUGGCAAUGAUGAUGGCUGUCAUGUCCUGGUUUGGGGGAUCCAUGAACUCCCUAAUUCACACAGCGAUUUUGAUGCACUUCCCUUUUUGUGGGUCUCGGAAAAUCCACCACUUUUACUGUGAAUUUCCAGCUGUUGUCAAGUUGGUGUGUGGAGACAUCACUUUUUAUGAAAACACAGUGUAUAUCAGCACCAUCAUAGUUCUCCUCUUUCCCAUCCUCCUGGUUUCUACAUCCUAUGCCUUCAUCCUCUAUAGUGUCAUUCAGAUGCGCUCAGCUGGGAGCAAAAGAAAUGCCUUUGCCACUUGUAGCUCUCACCUCACUGUGGUUUUCCUCUGGUAUGGGGCCUCUAUAUUCUCAUAUAUGAGACCCAGUGCCCAGCGUACUCCAUUGCAAGACAAAGUUGGCUCUGUGUUCUAUAGUGUAAUUACUCCCACUCUAAAUCCUUUAAUUUAUUCUCUCCGGAAUAAGGAUGUUGCUAAGGCACUCAAAAAAGUAUUGAGGAGAGGUAUCGUCAUCCAAUGCCUCCAGAAGCUCUAUGAACUUUGGUAA